UUUCCAUCUUGAGAGUCUAAAGAAGAGAAAAAAUUAUAUUAGAAAGAAAAAGAAACAGAGCAAAAUGUUGACUAUGGGAGAGUUAUGGGCCACUCUAGGCUCUGUUAUAGCAAGUGUUAUGUUUGCAUCAGCUAUUUUCAGGCAACACUUCCCUCAUCAACUUUGGGGCUAUGUUGAAAAAUAUAGUUUCAAGUUGGUUCGAUUCUUUUAUCCUUAUAUUGAGAUUCGGUUUGAUGAAUUCUCCGGUGACCGCAUGAAGCGUAGUGAAGCCUUCUCUGCCAUUCAGAAUUAUCUCAGUACCAAAGCCUCGUUGCUUGCUACUCGGUUCAAGGCUGAUUUUGUGAAAGACAGCCAAUCUCUAAUUCUUAGCAUGGAGGAUAAAGAGGAGGUGACAGAUGAGUUUGAAGGGGUCAAGGUUUGGUGGGUCUUGGUUAAGACCGCCCCCAGAACACAACAAUUUUCUUUCUAUCCAGCUGCGGAUGAGAAGAGGUUUUACAAGCUCACAUUCCAUGAGAGUCACAGAGAAAUCAUCACAGCUUAUGUUAAGCAUGUGCUUGAUGAAGGAAAGGCCAUUGCUGUGAAGGACCGGCAGCGCAAGCUAUUCAGCAACAAUUCUAGCGAGAGUUGGCAUGGCUGGAGACAAAGAAAGUGGAGCCAUGUACAAUUUGAGCAUCCUGCCACACUUGAUACGUUAGCAAUGGAGACAACAAAGAAGGAAGAAAUCAAGAAAGACCUUUUGAAGUUCAGAGAGGGGAAAGAGUACUAUAAGAAGAUUGGGAAAGCUUGGAAGCGAGGGUAUCUUCUUUAUGGCCCUCCAGGAACUGGAACUGGUAAAUCAACCAUGAUUGCUGCAAUGGCAAAUUUUUUGAACUAUGAUGUGUAUGAUCUUGAACUUACCACAGUCAAGGACAACUCACAGUUGAGGAGUCUUUUGAUUGAGACAACAAAUAAGUCGAUCAUUGUUAUAGAGGACAUUGAUUGCUUGCUUGAUCUAACUGGUCAGUGGGAGAAGAAAAAGGAGAAAGAUGAGGAUAAAGAAGAGAAAAAUCCCGUUGAAAAGAAGAUGAAAGAAGAAGGUGAAAACAAAGCAAGCAAGGUCACUUUAUCUGGGCUUCUGAAUUUCAUUGAUGGCCUUUGGUCAGCUUGUGGGGGAGAAAGACUUAUUGUGUUCACUACAAAUUAUUUAGACAAGCUUGAUCCAGCACUUAUCAGGAGAGGCAGAAUGGACAAGCACAUAGAAAUGUCUUAUUGUGGCUUUGAGGCAUUUAAAGUGUUAGCCAAGAAUUAUUUAGAUAUUGUCUCACAUGAGUUAUUUGCAGAAGUUGGCAGUCAGUUGGCAGAAACCAAUAUGACUCCAGCUGAUGUUGCCGAGAACUUGAUGCCAAAGUCUGAUGACGAUGACACAGAGACAUGUUUGAAGAAUUUGAUUGAAGCCCUCAAGGUGGCCAAGGAGGAAGCUAUAAAGAAGGCUGAGGAAGAAGCUCGACUAAAGGCAGAGAAAGAAGAGGAGGAGGAGGGCAAGAAGAAGUGUGCUGAUUUUACUGAAGAGAACAAGAAAGGCAAUGAAAGUUCAGCUAAUUCAGUGAAAAAGAAUGGUUCCCCAGAUAAGGAAGUUAAACAAUGAAGAGCUGAUCUUGAAUGCUACCGAGAAUUCAAGCAACAGGAAUGUCAGGGAUGAUGAAGAUAAUGCUAUGAUCAUGAAAAUUUGAAGCUGAGUAGCUCUUUUUGUAUUUUUUUUGUUGUAGAAUAAGAAACUGUUGCAUUGCAGUUAUUAUUAGAAGUGCAGGCUGGAGCAGAUUGGCAGUUAGCCAUUUCAUUUAACUUGAAAUCUAUUCAGGAAUAUAGUGCACAAAGUUCUGUUGUAGGAA